AUGUCCCAUUUCGCUGCCAUGGACGUUCAUCGCUGUCGCUUCGUACCCUUCCAGCCCUCAGGCAUUAACUCGGUCGCCUUUUCGCACACGAAAACCCGUUCUGCCCGGCAUGGCGCCCUGGCUCGAAUGGCCGUUGGCCGCGCCAAUGGCGACGUCGAGAUCUGGAAUCCAGCCAACGGCGCGUGGCAGCAAGAGACGAUCCUCCGGGGCGGUAAGGACAGGAGCAUCGAGAGUCUUGUCUGGGUGAACGAGCCGGACACCGAAGUCAGCGACGGACGUACCAUCCUCGGCAAGUCGCGCCUCUUCAGCGUUGGGUAUUCCUCGACAGUCACCGAGUGGGAUCUCGAAAAGGGCCGGCCCAAAAGACACGCGAGCGGGCAGCACGGACACAUCUGGUGUAUGGCUGCCAUACCGGCCGAGGCUGGCAAGGCCGACUCGCAGCUUGUGGUGGGUACAAACGACGGCGAGCUCGUCGUCUACUCGACCGAAGAUGGCGAUCUCCGAUUCCAGCGUGUCCUCGUCCGCUCGCCGACCAAAAAGGCGCAGAUUGUGAGCAUCGCCUUUCAGACCCGCAAGAUUGCCAUCGUCGGCUGCUCUGACAGCACGGUGCGCGCCUACGACAUCACAAACGGGCACAUGCUGCGAAGAAUGACAGUGGGCGCUGACCUGGUCGGGGGAGCCAGCAAUACGAUUGUGUGGGCGGUGCAAUCCCUAGCCAACGGCACCAUUGUGUCCGGUGAUUCUACUGGCCACCUCACAUUUUUUGACGGCAAGACGUACACGCAGAUGCAGCGCAUCCAGGGCCACAAGCAAGACAUCCUCAGUCUGGCUGUCUCCUUUGACGGCAAGACAAUCUUCAGUGGCGGUAUGGACCGCAAGACAGUCCUGUACAAGCAAGGCAGCUCUUCGGACAAGCGCUGGGGCAAGUCCUGGGGUCGCCGGUAUCACGAGCACGACGUCAAGUCGUUAGCGACCUUUGAGAGUGGUCCGACAAGUGUUCUAGUUUCGGGAGGUCCCGACACAAAUCUGGCUGUCAUGCCUCUCAAGCAGAUGGGCAAGGAGAACCACCGUAUCUUGUCAAGCCUGCCGCAGCAACCACCCCUCGCUUCCGCGCCAGCCAGUCGCUUCGUCGUGAGCUGGUGGGAGCGUCAAGUGCACAUCUGGGUGAUUCACAAAUCCGCCAAUGACAUUAUGAGUGGCGCCGACGAGGAUAUCGAUCUCAGUCAAAACCGCAAACUCCUCAAGACUAUUAUCAUCAAGGGCGACUCCAACAUCUCCGAUGCGACCAUCAGCGAGUGCGGCACCUUCCUCGUCGUAUCGACUUCGACCGAUGUGAAGGCGUUCAAGAUCGACCUCCCGACAGUCGAGGAGCCUGGUUACGUCCUGCAACCAUCCGAUCUCGAGAUGUCGACGGUGGAGGUCCCAGCGCGACUCCGGAAACUGGGUGCCUCGAAGCUGCAACUAUCGCGCGACCUCAAGUGGCUCUGUGUCGUUAGUGAGGGAUCAGCUGUCCGCGUGGUUGAGGUUGAGCGCGAAGAGGACGACAUCCGACUUGGGCCGAUCCGAAGGCUGCGCCGCUUGCAACGGAGCGUGCCGCGCUACAUCCGCAUUGGUGGCAUGGGCAACUAUGAACGGACCAUUACACACACCAUCUUCAGCCCCGACUCGAAAAUGCUGGCGACGGCGGACCUUGCGGGCUACAUUGACACAUGGGUUCUCAACGCCGAGUCGCAGCACGGUGACGCUGCCAAAAACGGUGAGCCAGGGCAGACCUCUUCCGGGAGCGAGUCCUCGGACAGUGAGGAAGAGUCUGUGGCCGAGGGCAGCGACACUUGGACCCGCAAUCCCAACGGCAAGCUCCUCCCCAAACUGCCAGCGGCCCCAGCCGUGCUCUCCUUCUCGGCUCAAGUACCCGGAGAAGACGGGGCUACGGACUACAUUCUACUGGGCGUCACCGGGCAGUGGACAGUGAACCUCUUCCAUCCCCUGCAAGGCUCGCUGACGCCGUGGUCGAGACGGCACCCCAAAAAGGCGCUCCCCGCACCCUUCCAGGACCUCCUCGACCUCGCCAAGGGCUGCUUCUGGCAGGGUACCCGGGUAUGGAUCUAUGGCGUGUCGUUCCUGGGCAUGCUGGACACAAGCCUCGACCUGCCCAGGCCGAGCGACGUGUCCGAGAGCGAGGCUGAGGCGGCGGGCAUGAAGCGCAAGCGCACCGGGUACGCCACGGGGGCCGGCAGCAAGAUGGCCCAGAGCAGCCUCGUGCCGCACCGCAUCAGCCGCCACGUCAACGGGGCCACGGACGAGGAUAUUGACAUGGACGACGUGACCCGUUCCGACGACGAGCAUGAGGGUGUGCACAGCGAUGACGAGGCCGCUGACGCCGCCGCCGGCCAGCUCGUCCAGACACGCAACGGUCAGGAGGGCAGCAGUGGGGAGUUGUCGCAGCCCAACUCGCACAAGAAGUCCUGGUGGAUGACCUACAAGUACCGACCUGUGUUUGGCGUGGUGGCCCUGAGCGAGACCGAGGUUGUGCUCGUGGAGAGGCCGCUGUGGGACGUGGACGUGCCAGACAGGUUCAUCGCCGGGGAGCCCUGGGAGAGGUGA